GUGCGCCCUGCGCCGGGCGCCGGGACGCUGCUCCUCCCGCCAGCCGGCCGGCCCCUCGGCGGUCGCCGGAGGCCGGGCUCCGAGGAGGCACAAAGCCGAGGCGGCCAGACCAGGCGCCCCGCGCCUUCCGGAGCCGCUCCGGGCCGUAACUGUGACAGGGAGGAGCCUCCCAGGAGCCGCGGCGGGCGAGUUAAAGUAUGCUGGGAGCGGUGAAGAUGGAAGGGCACGAGCCGUCCGACUGGAGCAGCUACUAUGCCGAGCCCGAGGGCUACUCCUCGGUGAGCAACAUGAACGCCGGCCUGGGGAUGAACGGCAUGAACACGUACAUGAGUAUGUCGGCGGCCGCCAUGGGCAGCGGCUCGGGCAACAUGAGCGCCGGCUCCAUGAACAUGUCGUCGUACGUGGGCGCGGGCAUGAGCCCGUCCCUGGCCGGCAUGUCCCCCGGGGCGGGCGCCAUGGCCAGCAUGGGCGGCUCGGCCGGGGCGGCUGGCGUGGCGGGCAUGGGGCCGCACCUGAGUCCGAGCCUGAGCCCGCUCGGGGGGCAGGCGGCCGGGGCCAUGGGCGGCCUGGCCCCCUACGCCAACAUGAACUCCAUGAGCCCCAUGUACGGGCAGGCGGGUCUGAGCCGCGCGCGCGACCCCAAGACGUACCGGCGCAGCUACACGCACGCCAAGCCUCCCUACUCGUACAUCUCGCUCAUCACCAUGGCCAUCCAGCAGAGCCCCAACAAGAUGCUGACGCUGAGCGAGAUCUACCAGUGGAUCAUGGACCUCUUCCCCUUCUACCGGCAGAACCAGCAGCGCUGGCAGAACUCCAUCCGCCACUCGCUCUCCUUCAACGACUGCUUCCUCAAGGUGCCCCGUUCGCCCGACAAGCCCGGCAAGGGCUCCUUCUGGACCCUGCAUCCCGACUCGGGCAACAUGUUUGAGAACGGCUGCUACUUGCGCCGCCAGAAGCGCUUCAAGUGCGAGAAGCAGCUGGCCCUGAAGGAAGCCGCGGGCGCCACGGGCGGUGGCAAGAAGGCGGCCUCCGGGGCCCAGGCCUCGCAGGGUCAGCUCGGGGAGGCCGCCGGGCCGGCUUCCGAGACUCCGGGGGGCGCCGAGUCGCCCCACUCGAGCUCCUCUCCGUGCCAGGAGCACAAGCGAGGAGGCCUCGGGGAGCUGAAGGCGACCCCGGCCGCGACGCUGAGCCCCCCGGAGCCGGCGCCGUCGCCGGGGCAGCAGCAGCAGGCCGCGGCCCACCUGCUGGGCCCUCCCCAUCACCCUGGCCUGCCGCCUGAGGCCCACCUUAAGCCGGAGCACCACUACGCCUUCAACCACCCCUUCUCCAUCAACAACCUCAUGUCCUCGGAGCAGCAGCACCACCACAGCCACCACCACCACCAGCCCCACAAAAUGGACCUCAAGGCCUACGAACAGGUGAUGCACUACCCGGGCUACGGUUCCCCCAUGCCGGGAAGCCUGGCCAUGGGCCCGGUCACGAACAAAGCAGGCCUGGACGCCUCGCCCCUGGCCGCAGACACCUCCUACUACCAGGGGGUGUACUCCCGGCCCAUUAUGAACUCUUCUUAAGAAGACAGGCGCCCUGCUAGCCUGGGACAAGGACAAGAGAGAGAAGCAGUAGGCUGGAGACUUCAAGGAAGGGGUGUUGGAGACACGCAAGGGAGAAGAAAUCCAUUACACCCCUCUCCCCAGGACAGCUGUCUCCCUCACUCUCUGCAGCUUUUCCCUCCCUAACAGAUGGGCCACACUGAUAUCUAUCAUUCUAUAUAAGGAGGGAAAGGGAAAAAAGAUAAAAUCAAAAAAAGAAAAAAGCCUUCGGUUUCCACUACUGUGUAGACACCUGCUUCUUUAAGCAUCUGCGAAUUCUGAUUUUCGUUCUUCUUGUUCUCCAUUACUGCUGUUGCAGAGAAGUCUUACUUUAUUAAAACAAACAAACACAAUAACCCCACAAACUUUUGUGACUCAGUGUAAAGCAAUGUAGUUUUAACGGAGAACCAGAAAGUUGUACUAUUGUAUAAAAAGAGAAAAACAAAUGAUGUAAGGGUCUGUUGUAAAUGACCAAGAAAAAGAAACACAGUGCAUUCCCAUUCUCGACACGGUGACGUGCAGGCCUGGGGUCUGAUUAACUUAUGGUUUCUGUGUGCUUUAUUUAUGGCUUAUAAAUGUGUGUUCUGGCUGCAAGGACCAGAGUUCCACAAAUCUAUAUUAAAGUGUUAUUGCCGGUUUUAUCCCUUGAAUCUUCAAAAUGUUUUCCCUUUGUCUGAGUUAAAAAAUGAACAGCUCUGGAAAUUAUUCAAAAAUGGAGGGAGGGAGAUCCUGGGUGGUUGCAGGUCUUAUUUUAUUUUGGGGACGGGUGGUGGUUGCUGUUUACCAACAUUUUAUUAUUAAAAUUUUUAGACAUACUGAAGUUGAACACAUUUUACAGAAAACACACCUGUACCCAUUGCCCAGAUCCUACAGUUAUCAUUUCACUGUAUUUGUUCUAUCGCAUAUCUGUGAAUCUAUGUACACCUCAACUGGUCGAUUCACCUUAUUUUUCUAAAUGGAUUUCAAAGUAAAUUUCAGACAUUAGUACACUUCUCCUA